AUGAAUAGAAACUCAUCAAAGAAUACAGCUGAUAAAAAUCGGAAGAGUAAACAAUCAUCAUCUUCAAACGACAAGACCCGAAACAACAAGAAAGACUCACAAACAUCAAAAUCAAACAAGUUAGAAAGUAAACAAAUCAAUACAAGUGAAAAGAAGAAAGUUUCAUUUUCUUCCUCUGUAGAGGAAGCAAACCCUACCAGUAGUAGCAGUAAUAUUGAAAAGAAUAGUAUUGAACCAAAAAGAAAGUUAAGGGAUGUAGGAAAACUUAUAAUAUCACCACCCGAGCCAGUGGGAUAUCUAGUUGUAUACUCGAAUGCAAAAAAAGCUGUUAGACAAGAUCUAAUGACACUGUGGAAGUUAGAUCCAAACUCUGAGGAUUAUUCAGCCAGUGAACAAAAUUAUCUUUCAGAAAUUAGAUUCGGAACUGAUGAAAAGUCAAACAAUGUACAAAUUAAGAGAGCAGUCAAUAAGGAUUGGCCAAUAUUGGAAAAUCAUUGUCAUUUAACCUAUUUGGACAAUAGUACAGUAUUAAUUUUAGAGGAAGGAGCCUUGGUAGUGGUGAAUGGAGUUGCUUACAAAAAUUGUGACACCGACGAGAAUGAUAUUAUUAACACAAAUAGAGUCAGCAUAUCAAAUGGCGAUAUUAUUGAUCUAGAUGGAAGACUUUUGAUUUAUUCAAAGUACAACAAUCCAUCCUAUUUACAAGGAUAUCAGGAAAAGUUUGAUGAAUACAUUCGAGAAAGAAACAAGAGGAAGAGAGAUGAAGAAGAAGAAAAAAACAAGAAAGCAAAAGUUGAACAAGAUGAUGACAAUGAGGAUGAAGAUUUUGAAGGUCUAGAAGAUUAUGAGGAUGAGGAGGACUCAAUCGAUCAAGAAAUGAUAGACUCUGAGGAGAUUAAUAACACCCUUUCUGAAUACAACGAGGAUGAAGAGGAGGCACAAGAAAAUAACCAUGAAGAAGCAGAACUUGGUGGAUUAGAAGGAGAAAUAACUGUUGAUGAACAUGUUCCUAAGUUUUUCUCACAAUCCCCUCAAACACCUCAAUUGCGCGAUUUGAAAACAAAUCUAUUUAUCCAACCAGAGGAAAGUCAAAUAGAUGAGGAUAAUAUUGUAAUUGACCAAGAGUUCUUAGAAGAGAUUAUUGAAAAGUUAAAUGGUGAAGCAUCUGCUAAAAUUGAAGAAUUAGAAAAAAAAUUGAGUUCACAAGAGAAGAAUGAACAGGAGCACAAGGAAAAUAUUAAGAUUUUGCAAGCUAAACUAGAAGAAGAGUCGAACAAGUCCAAGAAAUUGGAAGAGGCAAACAAGAAGAUUCAACUAUUGGAAAAGCAAUUAGCUGACAAGGACGAAGAUAUUGAUGAGUUUAAGAGAUCACUUGAGAAGGCUGUGCAACGUGCAGAAAAAGGUGAUAAUUUGAAGAAGGAAAAUGAAAAACAAAAGUUCAAACUAAAGGAUAUGGAGGGAAAGCUUGAAGAAAAGAGUCGUCUUAUUGAAACAACUCUUGAGGAAAACAGAAUUUUAAAACUUAGCUCGGACAGUAUGAGAUCACAAUUGAGUCUUUUAAGAAAGAAUAGUUUUCUCUAUGAGAGCUUGAAGGACUUAUUACAAAAGAACGAGACGAAAUCAUUUUGGGAAAAUUUUGAAGCCAUUACAAAACUAGUUUCAGAAACCAUGAAAAAGAGUCAACCAACAACAACUAGUGGCACCAGAACUGUAGAUAAUGAUGCAACCUUGAUACUAUCAGCUGAUGAUAUUGAAUCUUCACAAAUUUCUUCUCCAAAUCAAAAAAGCAUUAAGGCAACUGCCAAGAAACCCCUCCUUCUUACCAAACAAGCCCUUGCAUUACCACCCAACAACCAUACCAGCAAAGGAAGUGCAAUAUUUGUGAAACCUCAAUACAAACCUACCAUAGAUACACAAGAACUGAUAGAUAAUAUGAUUGAUAAUACAGAUCAUGAUUACAGUGCAAUUUUAGAAGAAGAUUAUCAAGAUUAUGAAAAUCUUUCAGAUUAAAUUAUUUAAUAAAAAUAUCAAAAAAAUGGG